UUAAAGGCUGCUAUCAAAUCCCCCCUCACUCUUUUCUUCUGUGUGUCAUGUAGCAUGGGCUUUCUCAUUGCCAGAGGAAUACAGUGUCUGCAAUCCUUUUUGAGACUAUUCCCUGCUCUCUCUCGCUUUCUGUCUUUCAUGCAGGUGGGGGUGGAACGCAUGCUUUUGCCACCACAGCUGCUACUUAUUUUAUUUUGUGUUUAGCUCAACAGGUUGUUUCCCCCCACUGCAGUAAGAGAUUACAGAGAGCAGAAGGUGAAGCAGGUGCAGAAGCCACUAGCAGAAGAAAGAAUAAAGGGAAUGCCACAAGGGAACCUGGCUGGUUCUUUAUUGUUAAACACCGUAUGGGUUCAACUCCAAGACUUGGGCUAUCCUUCUCCAGACAUGCAGAGGCUGAGAUUACUGUGAAGCUGACAGGCUUGAUCACCCCAAAUCAGAAUGAGAUGCGAUGCCACCUCCUCUCUUUUCAUUGAAGAUACAAAGGAAGUAUUUGUGUGCGUGAGUUUUGCUGCCAAAUAUAAGCUCUGCAAAAGGCAAGCUGCAACUGAGGUCUGUGACAAUGGAAGAAAGGGUCCGUCGCCUACAAGCCUGACUGGGUACCAGUAGGAAAACCCUCCAAGAGACCGGCAGCUACUAGCUGGAGAUACAGAGUGAGACAAACAUGCUGAAGCCAAGUGGACUUAAAAUCCCCGGCAGGGCAGGGAAACACUCCAGCCCUGUGGGACGGGCGUCGGGGACAGCUGCAGCCGCGGCUACUACUAGCUCAAAGGAAGGCUCCCCUUUGCACAAGCAGGGUCCGGCCUCCACAGCCAGCACCGAGAAGGCAGGCUCGAAGAUCACGGAGGUGGGCGAUGACUUCCUGGGAGACUUUGUGGUGGGCGAACGUGUCUGGGUGAACGGCGUGAAGCCAGGCGUGAUCCAGUAUCUGGGGGAGACGCAGUUUGCCCCCGGCCAGUGGGCAGGGGUUGUUCUGGGGCGUUACUUUGAGUGCCAGCCGCUGCAAGGGAUUUUCACACGGCCUUCCAAACUGACCCGCCAGCCCGUGGCGGAGGGCUCGGGCAGCGAUGCCCAUUCGGUGGAGUCCCUGACAACCCAGAACUUGUCAUUGCACUCGGGGACGUCUACGCCGCCGCUCUCCACUCGCGUCAUCCCCCUGCGGGAGAGCGUCCUGAACAGCACCAUGAAAACCGGGAACGAAUCCGGAUCAAACUUGUCAGACAGUGGGUCGGUGAAAAAAGGCGACAAAGAUUUACGGCUUGGAGAUCGUGUUUUGGUUGGCGGGACGAAAACGGGAGUUGUGCGCUAUGUGGGAGAGACCGACUUUGCCAAAGGAGAAUGGUGUGGAGUGGAACUCGAUGAACCUCUAGGGAAGAACGAUGGAGCAGUCGCUGGUACAAGGUACUUUCAGUGCCCCCCCAAAUUUGGCCUCUUCGCUCCCAUUCACAAGGUGAUCCGGAUUGGGUUCCCGUCCACCAGUCCUGCUAAAGCCAAGAAGAGCAAGCGGAUGGCCAUGGGGGUGUCCGCCUUAACUCACAGCCCCAGUAGCUCCUCCAUCAGCUCGGUCAGCUCCGUGGCGUCCUCCGUCGGCGGCAGACCCAGCCGGAGCGGAUUGCUGACGGAGACGUCCUCGCGCUAUGCCCGGAAGAUCUCCGGCACCACCGCCCUGCAGGAGGCCCUGAAGGAAAAGCAGCAGCACAUCGAGCAGCUGCUGGCAGAGCGAGAUCUGGAGAGAGCGGAGGUUGCCAAGGCCACCAGCCACAUCUGCGAAGUGGAGAAGGAAAUUUCCAUCUUGAAGACCCAACAUGAGCAGUACGUCGCCGAGGCGGAGGCGAAUCUCCAGCGAGCACGGACCCUAGUAGACGGGGCGCAGAAGGAAAAGGUGGAGCUGCUUAACCAGCUGGAAGAGGAGAAAAGGAAAGUGGAGGACCUGCAAUUCCGAGUAGAGGAAGAGUCCAUUACCAAGGGGGAUCUGGAGACUCAGACGCAGUUGGAGCAUGCCCGAAUACGGGAGCUCGAGCAGAGCCUGCUGUUUGAGAAGGCACAGGCUGAAAAACUCCUCAGAGAAUUAGAGGACACCCGGUUGACUACGGUAGCAGAGAAGUCUAGAAUCCUUCAGCUGGAGGAAGAGUUGAGUCUCCAACGCAGUGAGGUGGAGGAGCUGAGACAAUGCUUAAGGAACUCCAACCAGGCCGAGACCCCAGACCAUGGCGUUGGUCUCCAGACCGAAGCACUUCGCCUGCGAGACCAGCUGCUGUCUGCCAGCAAGGAGCACCAAAAAGAGAGCAGCCAGCUGAAGGAGAAGUAUGAAAAGACCCUGAAGAAGUACCAGCAGGAGAUAGAGAAGCUGAAAGCCCUCAAUGAAAAAUACUCCCAGGAAAUUGUUGACCUGAAACAUAAAGUUCAACAAGCCACCAAUGAGAACAUGGGGCUGAUGGACAACUGGAAAUCCAAGUUGGACACCUUGGCUUCUGACCACCAGAAAUCUCUGGAAGACCUCAAAGCCACCCUGAAUACAGGCCCUGACACCCAGCACAAGGAGAUAGUUGAGCUGAAGGCCGUGGUAGAGAGCAUAAAGAUGGAACACCAGCUUGAACUGGAGAACCUUAAAGCUAAGCAUGAUAUCGAGACCGCGGUUCACAUAAAGGAGAAAGAAAGCCUGAGGCUGAAACUGAAGGAGGCCAGCGAUGAAGUAGAAGAAAGCAACAACGACUGGAAAAUGCAGCUGGAAACCAAAACAAACCAGCACCUUCUAGAACUUCAGGACGUGAAGGACAAGUGCCGAGAUGCCGAACUGAGAGUGCACGAGCUGGAGAAGCUACACAGUGAAUACAAAGAUCAGGCUCAAGCAAUAGCUUUCUUGAAAGAGCAGAUUUCUCUGGCGGAGAAGAAGAUGUUGGACUAUGAGACGCUACAGAAAACAGACGCCCAGAGUAAACAGGAGAUCCAAAGACUGCAGGAAAAAGUGCUUGUCCUAGAGAACAAACUGCAGUCCAUGGAGGCUCUGCAUCCUUCUCAGCAUGCCAACAUGAUUGAAACGAAUGAUAUUUCAGAAGAGAAGAUAAAGAUGAAGCAGGCUAUGGAAGAUCUGCAAGAUAAGCUGAGUAAAAGAGAUAAAGAGGUGUCGUCCCUGGUCUCCCAGACUGAAACCCAAAAGGCCCAAGUAAGUGCAUUGGAAAGUAAAUGCAAAGCUGGAGAGAAGAAGGCAGAGUCUCUGCUGAAGGAAAAGAAGCGGUUGGAAGCGGAGCUGGAGACCUUGUCCAGGAAAACCCACGAUGCGUCAGGCCAGUUGGUCCUGAUUAGCCAGGAGCUACUCAAAAAGGAAAGGAGCCUGAAUGAGCUGCGAGCUUUGCUACUGGAAGCAAACCGACACUCGCCGGGGCCAGAGCGGGACCUGAGCCGGGAGGUGCACAAAGCAGAGUGGCGGCAGAAAGAACAGAAACUCAAAGACGACAUCAAAGGGCUGAGAGAAAAGCUGAUAGUGCUGGAUAAAGAGAAAUCGGUAACAGAUCAAAGGCGAUUCUCCCUGAUCGACCCUUCGUCAGAGUCUGAGGUUCUCCGGCUGCAGCACCGACUGGUCAGCACAGAGGACGUCCUGCGGCACGCCCUCGAUCAGGGUCAGCAAAUGGAGAAACUCAUGGAGGCCAUGCGAAGUUCUUCAGAGAAGACACAGACCAUUGGAAACUCGGGAUCUGCGAACGGGAUCCAUCAACAGGAUCUAUCCCACAAGCAAGAGGACAAGCACUGACAGAGAAGAAGAGACGGCGAGGCCCAUUUCAUGCCAGUAUCUGCUCCCGCGCACCAACAAGGAAAGGCUGCACCUCCUCGAGACUAGCAACAGUGUUGUCACUUUAAAACCAGAACAGUGUUUAUAAUGUACUAACUGACCUAACUGGGGCCGGCUGUUUUCGAAGACGAGUUAGGACACCAUGGAGCCAGGGGGCAGCCUACCGGCAUCUGGACCCUUUUGCUUUGCUUUCUGAUCCAGAUCGGUUUUGACUGUGGAAUUUGUAUCGGUCCAGCGGACGCUCUCCGUUCGCCCCGUUCCCUGGAGUACGGCUGAGUGCUGGUGGGGCUGAGGCUAGAGCCCUAGAGGGAAUGCGAAGGGGUAAAGUCCAACGUGUGCCCCUAGAAGAGGCUGCACUCUGGCCACCAGGCAACUAACUCUCUGUCCCUCUCCACCCCCCAUCCCUAACAGAACAGAGGAGUGCGGAAGUGGGCGCCGCCGGCUGGGCUGGGCGUGCGCUAACCAGCGACGGUAGAUUGGAGAAGAGCUAGCGGGACCAUCCUCCUCCUUCCCUGCAUCGAAGACAUCUCAGCUGUAGAACACGGGGACCCCACUCAGGGCUGUGGGAGAGCCCGGGGCCGUCUCCUCUGGCGUCAGGGGACGUAAUUUAUUUCAGCUGUGGGCCUGUCAGUCUUUCAGCUGAGUGGAUGAAGGGGAGAAGCCCUGGUGGGCGCGGGUACAGGGUACAGAUCCCCUCCAGGGGGUCUCUGAGCAGGGCUGGCUGGGCCGGGAUGCAGAGCAGGGGCCUGUGGGUGUGUGGUGGCCCAGUAGGGACGUGCACAUUAAAGCUUUGGAGGCAGCUGGCUAGAACCCUCAUAGAGAGGCCUGUCCUUGCGGGGGUGAGUGGAAAACAGGCCCAGGAGGUAGCCGCAUUGGACAGACGCGGCUCUCGGCUCUGAGUCCCUCUUCCCGGCAGUGCAGUGAAUUAUCCCCGCCAGCUGGAAGGGCUGGGCUAGCCUAGCAUUGGGCUGCCUUGGGGUUGCCCUGACCGUUCCCAGUUGUCGUUGGGCCCUGCGGUACGCUAUCCAAAGGAGCCCGAUGGAUGGGGGAGGGCUAACGUGCUGCUGUGAGCUUUCUUCCGAGAGUGCCUUACACCUGGGGGUGAGGAUGGGAAGGACCCGAGGGCCCCGUCUGGAGCAGGAGGGUGCCAGCGCUGUUCUUUCCUCUUUGUGGGGCACCACGGACGCCCCCUGCUCGCUGUCAGAGGCUGUCGGAAAGCACCUCCGGCCCCAAACCAACACCGAGGGCGAUGUUUUUAAAGGUGGAGGCCCCAGCCACGUGCGCAGACGCCCCGGCACGACGGCCCCCUCGCAUUUGCACAGAAACCUGCUGACACGCGGGGGGCAGAGCACCCGUCGGGCCCCUCCCGCUCCAUCGGCAGUGCCUGGCCACGCAGGAGCAGCCCGGGGCCAGUGUGCAUUCGCCCGCGGACUCGGUCCCCCGAGUAUAUUCUAGCCUCAGUCUGGCGCUGCCUCCCCUGGGGCGGAGUGGGGCGCUCGGCUGGCAGGGCUCGAAGCGCCCGAGACAAACCCCUUGCUCAGACAAGGAGCAUUCGCCACAGGGAGCUGCAGCAGAUUCUUAGGCUCCCUUCAACCCCCUGCUGAGGAGCAGGACGUGCCAUUUGGAUCACGUUGGGGGGGUAUUUGGGCCACCUGCCUCUGCUCCCACUGAAACCAAUGGUCAGAGGCCCACUGCCUUCCCCAUGCGCGGCCGGGGCAAUGCCACCUGCUCUGGGAAACGCAGAGGGAAGGCAGCACCUCUGAGAACCCGGGACCUACCACCUGCAAAAGCGAGGGGGGGAGGCCGCGUCUGUCCUUCAUGCGCAUUUUCUGUCUGGUUUUCAAGUGACACCCCCCUUCCC